UCCUGGAUUCUGCAUGGAGGGAAGACUAAAUUAGGGUUUCUAGCUUUUUAAGAGGGUCAGUUGGCAUAGGAGGCAUGACGUUUGAGCAGAAAGAUGUUAAUUAAACCUCCAGCUUAUUUCAGGUUCUGUAGUGUGACAUGUCUUGAAUUUUGGUACACCGCAGACUCUGGCUGGUGCAGAAUGCUGCAGCUCGCUUAUUCUCAGGAACUAGAUGGAGCAUGCAUAUCAUGCCCAUUCUGCAGCCACUCCCAUUUGCUUCCUGUCAGUUACUGGGCUCAAUAAAAGGUCAUGAAUAUCAUAUUCAUAGCCCUUUAUGGCCUUGACCCUCAUAUCUGUAUGGCCACCUCUCCCCCUAUGAAAGUUGAGGGUAGGUAAGUGAGGUUCUCAUACCUGAUACACCUGUUUGCUAGUUUGAUGACUAAGCCAUCUUAAAAUUACAAGGUUAGCAAGAUGAUGAUAAUUAAAUUCAUAAUGGCAGGUUACAAAGUAGCUGUUGGUUUUCAGAUUCCAAUUCGUUAAGAGUAAUUCAGCAGUGGAAUUGGCUGCCUAGGGAUGUGAUGGUUUCCCCCUCUUUGGCAGUCUUCAUGAAAUGUGGAAAAUUUUGAGAAGUAGGGCAGUGGGAAACCAAGCUGGCAUCAGGAAAACGACACUUUGAAAGUUGCUGGCAGUGUGUUAUAUCAGUAUAAGUCACUAGUAUGUAGCAGUUAUUCUAUGAUUAAAGAAAUGGCAUACUUCAAGAUAGGACUGGAAGAUCUAAGCAAAAGAGAAAAGCUUUUCAUGAUAACAAAUGUGAGUCCAGUAAGCACCUUAAGGAUGAACAAAAUUUCCUAAGGUAUAAGCUUUUGUGAGUCAAAGUUCACUGUGUCUGAUAUGUUCCAGAAUAUUUGAGUGUGUUCUACUGUUGAAGACUAACAUAGCUAGGUGUCUGAAAUUUUUCAAUAGACAAAGUAAUGAAGGAAGGGAUUACAUGAAUUUUUAAAUCCUCCCUUUGAAGAAGAAGACAAUAAAAUGGGGAAGGAAAAGGAGGAGGGUGUUUUAUGUUGAGCAUGAGUCUUGUCAUGAUAAGCGAGAAUGUCAAGCUGGCCCGUGAAUAUGCCUUGCUAGGAAAUUAUGAUUCUGCUAUGGUCUACUACCAGGGAGUACUUGACCAAAUAAACAAAUACCUUUCCUCUGUCAAAGAUGCAUAUCUCCAGCAGAAAUGGCAACAGGUUAGGCAGGAGAUAAGUGUAGAAGCUAAGCAUGUGAAGGAUAUCAUGAAAACACUAGAAAGCUUUAAAUUAGACAGCACCCCCUUGAAAGCUGCACAGCAAGAAUUACCAGCUCAUGAUGGAGAAGUCUGGUCGUUGCCUGUACCUGCUGAACGCAGCAGGUCUUCACCAGGACCACGGAAACGCCAGUCUACCCAAUGCAGUGAUUGUAGGGGUCAUAAUAACCGAGCAAGCGCAGCAGCCAGAGUCCCCCAUCGUCCCUCCUCACGAAACACUAAUGAUAAAGGCAAAAUAGUUCGUGGCCGAGAAAAGAAGGAUCCUCAAAAUAAAGGAAAAGAGGAAAAAAGUAAGUCUUCAUCUGACAUUUCAGAACCUGAGCCAAAGAAAUUUGAUAGCACUGGAUAUGAUAAAGACUUAGUAGAGGCUUUGGAAAAAGAUAUCAUUUCUCAAAAUCCCAACAUUCGAUGGGAUGAUAUUGCUGACUUAGUAGAAGCUAAAAAGUUGCUUAAAGAAGCUGUAGUCCUACCUAUGUGGAUGCCAGAAUUCUUUAAGGGGAUUAGAAGGCCUUGGAAGGGUGUAUUGAUGGUUGGACCUCCUGGUACUGGAAAAACCCUUCUUGCGAAAGCUGUAGCUACUGAAUGCAAGACAACUUUUUUCAAUAUAUCCUCAUCAACACUCACUUCAAAAUAUAGGGGAGAAUCUGAAAAACUGGUUCGCCUACUAUUUGAAAUGGCUCGAUUCUAUGCACCAACAACAAUAUUUAUUGAUGAGAUAGACUCUAUCUGUAGCCGCAGAGGAACUUCUGAAGAGCAUGAAGCCAGCCGAAGGGUGAAGGCAGAAUUACUUGUUCAAAUGGAUGGUGUUGGAGGGGCUUUUGAAAAUGAUGACCCUUCAAAAAUGGUUAUGGUAUUGGCCGCAACUAACUUUCCAUGGGAUAUUGAUGAGGCUUUAAGACGACGGCUAGAGAAGAGAAUUUACAUUCCUUUGCCAUCAGCUAAAGGAAGAGAAGAACUUUUAAAAAUAAACCUGAGAGAGUUGGAGCUUGCUAAUGAUGUUGACCUUGGAACUAUAGCACAGAAUAUGGAAGGUUAUUCUGGUGCUGAUAUUACCAAUGUGUGCAGGGAUGCUUCACUGAUGGCUAUGAGAAGGCGUAUUGAAGGCUUGACACCUGAAGAAAUCAGAAAUCUUUCCAGAGAUGAAAUGCAUAUGCCAACAACAAUGGAAGAUUUUGAAAUGGCUUUAAAGAAAGUUUCCAAGUCAGUCUCUGCUGCGGACAUUGAAAAAUAUGAGAAAUGGAUACUUGAAUUUGGAUCAUGCUAAGCCUUCCUGUCUUAAGAAAUCUGCUGUAAGUCUUCAAACAAUUCCAGAAGUAAUUAAAAAGUAGUGCUCUAGGGCACUGUGUGUUAUUUUUUUAACUUUUAUAAUUACACAAGCAAUACUUAAAUAAAGUUUGUUUCUUAAACUUC